CAAAUACAUUUAAAACGCAAACGGCAAACCGAAGCGAUUCGAGCAGCGUUGUUGAUGUUGUUCUUGUUGGUUAUCGUCAUCGUCUCCGUCGACGUUCGUUUCAUGCAUCGGAUCUGUGUGUAUUCGUCUGUCUAUACUACAAAAGCAUGUCACUUUGUACACAUACUCGCAUGUAGUUGGCAGUAGAAAUAAAAUGAAAAAAGAAACAGAUUGAAAAAGAGGAAAAAAAACAUUGGAAUGCGAAUAAGAGUGGCAACGUUGCCUUCGUAAUACAAUAAAAAAAAAUAACAACAACACAACGGCAGCAGCAACAGCGUACACGAUGUACGUAUAGGAAGCAAAAAGCGAGAAAGAGAGAAAGAAGCCGAGAAAAGAAAGAAAAAAUACUGAGGAAUUCAAUAUGGCCGCAGCGCAGAGUGACUUUAUAAUGUUAAUAAAUGCAAUAUGAUUCGACACUUGAACGAUUUUUUUUUUUGAAUUCAAACAAGUGAACCUAUAAUGGGGGAAGCAAUUUAAUCAAUGAAAAAGAAACGAGCGCGAAGGCAGUGAUAGUACUAAAUAAAAAAACAGUGAACUGAACAACGAAAAAUUCGAUAUAUUUUUUUAAAGGAGCAGAGAGUGUAUAGUGAAAAGAACAAGUGAAAGAUAAAAACCAACUCCAUCAAUAAAUUGCAAGUGAGAAGAGAAGAAAAAAAAGUGAAGAAGGAGCGCGAUCGUGCCAAGAGCGCACACAGAGUGUAUAAAUGGCAGAGUUUUAUAUUUUAUAAAUAAAUUGUAGUGGAAUUUCGCAGUUGAACCAUAUCCGAAUUUAAAAGCAAACCAACAAAUAAUAAAAGCAGUGCGAAGAGAGAAUUAUGCAAAAAUGACCAACUGAAAUAUAUAUAUAUAUAUAUCUGUAGAUUGGAUGGCAUCGCAUGGUCGGAAUGUGAGCGUGAAAUUCGGCAUAUGAAAAUAAAUCAAGCGAAUGAGUCAAAGCUCCGAUGAAUUUUGCUGCUCAUGAUCAAUCGGUUAAUAUACAUAUAUAUUAUUUUCAUUCUUCUCUUCUUGAUGGUGUCUUUUUUGCACACACACACACACACACACACACACACACUGGUUGUUGUAGCUGUUUUUGCGAAAUGUGCGCGAAUGUUUGAGGUGAAACCAAAGUCUAAUAUUAAAUAUGCGCAAACGCUGACACUCGACAAAAAUUCUUGUAAAUUGUGCAAAGUGAAUAGCCAGUGAAAUCCAAGAUAUUCAGUGUGAUUUGAAUGCAUGAUAUAUAUAUAUAUAUAUGUGAGUGUGCGCAUAGUUUUUUUUUUGUAAAUUCAUUGCAAUUGCACGAAGUAGUUGGCAUUUUUAUGCAAAUCAGCGGAUUUUUUUUUGUGUGACAAUAGUGUGAGGAAAGGACAACAGCGACAAUUAACAUCGACUCAAAUUUAGUGUAAGCUUUGUUUGUAUGUGCGCGCAUAUCGAAUUUUAUUGGCCGUCUGAUAACGACGACAAAAACUAAAAAAAGGUUGCACAUUGUAACUGGCGCAAGUGUAUUUCAAUUUUAUAAAUUAUAAUGCCAAAUAUACCACCGAGUAAUGUUGAUCUUCCCAAUGGCUGGGAUAUCGCUAAAGACUUCGACGGCAAGAUUUACUAUAUAGAUCAUGUCAACAAGAAAACUACAUGGAUUGAUCCCCGCGACAGGUAUACAAAACCACAAACAUUUGCCGACUGUGUCGGUGAUGAGUUGCCAUUGGGAUGGGAGGAAUCAUAUGAUCAAAUCAUCGGACGAUAUUAUAUCAAUCAUUUUGAUCAAUCAACACAAUUGGAAGAUCCACGACAAGAAUGGAAAUCAAUUCAAGAACAAAUGCUCCGAGAGUAUUUGUCAUCAGCACAGGAUCAGCUUGUGGCCAAAAAGGAAAUCUAUGAUGUUAAAAAUCAACGACUUCGACUUGCCGAAGAUGAAUAUAACAUGUUAACGGCGAUGGCAGCCAGUCGCAGUAGUUUGUAUUCAUCAAGUAGUUCGAUAAGUACGCGACACGAUCCUGAAUUGCUAAAGGCUGAAUUGGCAAUGGCACGAGAGAGAGUGCGACGAUUAAAACGUGAAUUACUUCAAAUCAAUUCGGAUAUAACAUACACACAACGCGGUGUCGACACAUUGAACAAUGUGGAACAGAAAUUGAGUGCACAUGAAAACGGCUGCUACAACAUAUCCGAAGUGCAGGCCAUUCGUGAGGAAAUGAUAAAAGUGCAAAAAUCGCUUGUAUCCGGUGAAAAGGUCAAAGAUGAAUUGAUGCGAAGUUUAGCACAUAUCAAAAAUGAAUUAACACGACAACAAUAUUGUGAUCCGAGCAGUGAUUAUUCGGCAUUUAUGCAAAAUGAUAAAAUUUGUGUGGCAUCACAAACCGAUUUAUGUGCAGAGAAUUUGCAUGGUGGUGCACGUUUUGCUGAAAUGGCCAAAACAAAAUUCCAAUACGAUGAAUGGCGAAAGCAUAUCAAACAAUUGCAACAACAAUUGGCCGAUCAUGUGGAUAAGAUUGAACCGGGACAAUUGGAAUCGGAUAAAGAUCAUUUGCUGUUAAUCCAAGAGAAAGAACAGUAUUUGAAAGAGUUGAGAAGCAUUCCAUCGGCGACAAAAUCAUCAAGUGAGGUCGCAACCAUUCAAGAAGCUUGCCGAAAAUUAGAAACCGAUCUGAAAAAUGCAUACGAACUGUCAAAUAAAUGUAUUGCCGAUCGAUUGCGAUUGCAUGAGGAAAAACAAGUGUUGCUGCAACAAUUGCAGGAAGCUUUAAAAUCAACAAAAAUGCUCGAAGAACGAUUGAAAUCAUUCUCAUCGGGCAGCACAUUUUCAAUUAGUUCGGGCUCAAGUUUGGGAUCAUUAUCAACGGCCAGCAGUAAGAAUUCACUCAGUCUCAGUUUUACCGAUAUUUAUGGUGAUCCAUUGACCACCGAUACACAAGUUGAUAUGCUUGAUUUGCAUCGUCGCAACCAAAGAAUAUCACAUCCGUCGGAGGUGUCGUUGUCGCCACGCAGCAGUUUAUCGGUUGAAACGCCACCCGCAUCACCAAUGAAAGAGAACGUGACCGAUGAACCGACUUAUGAAAAUACAAAAUAUUUCCCAUCGACAUCGUGUUCACAACAAGAAUUGGAUUCGACCGUUUUUGAUUGCAUGCGUUUGGAGGAACGAUUGCACGAACUUGAAUGGAAACAAUCGUUGGGAAUGAGCGUUGCACCGAGUGCAGCACCAUUAUCACCCAUUUAUGAAAAACCAUCACUUUUGAAUUUGCCACAACAAGCAGCCAUAAGCCGGGCAUCGUCUGCAUCGAAUACACGAUCGGUUUCGGCGGCUGUUAGUAAUGAAUCGGUUGCCGGUGACUCGGGAGUGUUUGAAGCAUCCAGAGCCACAGUAACGGGACGAGAUUCAGCACAAGUUCAAAUCGGUUUGAAAUAUUCAAAGAACGAUAACACAAUUCAUAUCUCAGUCGAACGAGCACGUAAUCUCCAUGCACUCUGUCUCUCAAACAAGUGCCAAGUAUAUCUUAAAGCAGCGCUUUUACCAAAUAGUCAACAAUCACUGAAAACGUCACUUGUGAGCGGUGCAUUGUUGAAGCCAGUUUUCGGUAACUCGUUCUCUGUGCCGAUACCCUUGAAUAAACUCUAUACGAAAACACUUCAAGUGAACGUUUUCAGUGUUGUCGGUCAACGUGAAGAGAUUGUUGGUUGCGCCCAAAUCAGUUUGGCCGAAUUCAAUUCCGAUGAUUCAACGAUGAAGUGGUACAAUGUGUUGAGCUUUAAAUCAAUGCAAAACUUUGAGUGUCUUGAAGGUGCAAGUGGUUGCAAAGAGGAAUCGUCUGAUGAAUCAACGAUUAUUUCUUCACAAACAUCGACAUUGACACGUGACCAGGGUCAAGAUGGAAUUGCAUCGUCUCUGGUUGAUGAGCUUGGCGAAAAGUUAAAUUUGAACGACAACGAAGAUGAGCAAUCGAAUUCGGGUGAAAAUGAGAAUGGCGAUGAUGGUAGCAGUACUACCGAAGAUCGUGAAUCGACUGAACAAAUGUUGGCCAAUUACAUAAAAGAAGUGCAAAAUUUCAAUGUGCCAGCAACAACGGUGGACAAAGAAACAAAUACCGAAUGUGCUUUUCCACCGGAAAAAUCACGUGUACGCGAUCGAUCAUCAUUGCUGUCGAAUUCAACGUCAUCCAGAGAAUUGGACUCGAUUGAUGAACGCAGCGUGAAACGUUCACAAACAUUUUCACCAAGUGCAGUUGUUAGUAAAUCACGUUAUGUUUGCCGAUUAAAUCGAAGCGAUUCCGAUUCAGCAAUGCACUUUGCAACCGGUGGCCAUGGUUUGAAUUACAAUCAAUUGUCGGUUCAGAAUCCAUUCCAUCGUGGAGCCGUCGAACGACGAUCUCUUCGUUUCCACAACAAAAUCCCAAAAAGUGUUUCAACCAAAAUGUUGCCGAUACCUCGAACUAGUCUUGAUUUGGAGUUAGAUUUACAAGCACAACACACAAAAUUAGAAACAUUGAAUGAUGAAAUCGAAAAACUGAAAAAUUUAAAAUUGAAAUUGGAACAGGCGAUGGAUUCAAAAGAUGGCAAAAUUGCGGCAUGGGCUGUUGAGAAUGAAGACUUCCAACGACUCGUUGAAAAUAUUGAAACAAAUCAUUCGCCAGAAGAUAAGAAAUUGAAGAAACUCUUGCACAAAACAUCAAAGGAAAUUUAUAAAUUGCGCAAAACACGUUUGCCAAAGGGACAACCAGAUAUCGCAUCGUUCAAAGAAAAAAUGGCAUUUUUCACACGAAAAGGAUUGCCCGUACCUGAUUUACCAUCCGAUUUAGUAUUGACGGAAGAACCAGAAGAGCUGGAAGAGUUGGAAGAGUUUUCGAUGCCAGCCACACCACCGUCAUCGACAACAAAUUCAACGCCAAACGAAUCAACGCCAAACCCAACGGAAGAGUUCAUCAAUGGCGAUCAAACCCAAUCAAAUAGUCGCUUUGACUAUGUGGUUGAUCCAAAUUAUGGUGUUGAGGUGUGAUUCGAUACAAAACGAAAUUGACGGAAUAAAUCAGUGAAUCGAUCAAAGUUGUCGGGUUGACACAACUAUUUCGAUCAAGCAAAAAUAAGACCCGUAUGCAGUCAAAGUGUUGUCUGAUCAAAUUCAUGCAUGAAGAAAUGGGAUGUUUUCAUGUGAAUCGAUCGCUAAUCCCGAUGCAUGAACGUUUUUUUGUUUGAAUAAUUCAAGAAAUAUUGAAGAAAACCGUGCAAUAUCCCAAAAUUUUAUGAAAAUACAAUAAAGAAUUGCUUUCUUUUAAAAUGAUAAAAACAUAUAGUCUGCAUAAAAACACACAUUCAUAAGAAGAAGAAAACAACCUCCAUAUUCAUCGGACAAUUAGAAAAAGAAAUGCCACCAUAAUAAAAAUUGCAUCUUUUUACAUUAAAAAAAGAGUCCAUUAUCUGAAAGAAAAAUGCGCCAUAUUAAUGAUAAAAAAAUAAUUGUUCAAUCGAGCAGAAAUAUUUUUUUUUGUUUUCGGUUUUUUUUUUUGUAAUUUUUAAUAAUUUAUCUUCUUUACGGGUUAUUUUAUAUACCGAACUGCCCGUACUUCGGUCAAGGCCACAAAACUCAAGCCCAGCAUAGUAACAAAACGUUACAUUUUUCAACGUUAGAAUGUACUAAAAACAUUACAAAUUUGAUAGGCUUCUUUAUAAGAAAACCAAAUAUACUCAAUAAAAAUGAUGAGAAAAAUGUUGAAAUAAUUGUUAAGCUUUGAAUUUUAGGAUAGGAUCGCAAAUUUUUGCUUAAGUAGAGUUUAAAUUUUUGAACUAGCCAUUAACUGUGUUGAAGACUUAUGUUAACUUAUGGUCGAACAAUGUUUGAAUAUGCAGAGAAAAGAAAAACAAAUCUAUAUGUAAAACUAAUAAAUUCGUAACAAUGAAUUUAAAUAAAAGUGCCUUUGAAAUGUGGAAGUCUUUAAGAAGAAAAAUUCCUCAAGCAUUGGAAUAUUUUUUGAUCUAUUACAAUUUUUCAGCGAAAUAAACAAAUGAUCAAAAUGUAGAAACAUUUUCAAAAAAAAUGUUGAAUGUAAAUAAAACAAUUAACAAAAUUAACAAAUGAACACAAAAUGUUGCCCUAUAUUUUAGCUAUCUUAAUAAUAACUAAAAACCUGAAAGGAAUGUUGUGAAAAAGAAGAUAUAUUCAACACGAAAUUCUUUGAGAGAAAAAUUCAAAUAAAAAGAUUAAUACUGGACGUUCAGUAAAUAAAGAAAA